AUGUUCUCAUGGGAUGAUCCCAUUGAGAAUAUGAUCGAGGGUAGUCUGAUGAUGUACUACGUUGAUCAAGAUGAUGAACUUAUCAAGCUAUUCCUUGCUCCUUGGAACCCCAUCACAGUCAACUCAAUAUCACCGGUUCCUACUCAGGGUGGAGUGAUCACAGUGACUGGUGGAUUCCUCUCAUGUGUUGAUCGUCCCAAUAUCCUCGUCAUUGGACACCUUGUCCUUGAGAGUCAGUCCUGCUCAUUCCUCAACAAUACCUUUGUCGUGCCACCCAAUGGUCUCAGUGGCUCAUUGACCGCAGGUAUCACCGGAUUCACCUCCACCUCCCAACUUAGAACCACCAGCUUCACCUACACCUUUGCCAAUCCAAAUGUUGACAAGAUUGUAUUCAAUGAUGAUUUGAUCAUUAUCAAUGGAGGUAGUUUUGGAACAAACUUUGCAACGAUCAAUGUGUCUGUUGAUGGUAUCCCAUUACAUGUAUCUGGUCUCGCCAAUCACCAUAACAUAUCAUUGAACUAUGAGGCAACUGUUGCCCAGCCAUAUCCAUUCAACUCAUCAUACUUCAUUGUCCCAGGUAUCAAGACAUUCUAUAUUGAGGUUAAUAGACUCAACACAACCUACCAACACGUCAUUCGUCCAAAGGUCACCAGUGUGACCAGUGUUGCCAGUGACGUUGGAGGAGUGUUACAUUGA